GUUGCUGAGAGGACGCAGCUGACCAGACGGUCUUUUUCUGUACUUUUCACUGGCUACGAGCUGCAUUGGAAGGAUCCCGGGAAACGCUCAAGCUACGCCAUGGAGCCAGUAACCUUGGAAGAUGUUGCUGUGAAUUUCACCUUGGAGGAGUGGGCUUUUCUGAAUUCAUCCCAAAAGAAGCUCUACAGAGAUGUGAUGUGGGAAACAUUUAGGAAUAUGACUGCUAUACGAAGAACCUUGGACAAACAGAAAAUUGAAGAACAAUACAAAAAUACCUCAAGAAAUCAAAGUAAUGAAAAAGCAGCAAAAUGGUAUCCAUAUAAAUCUUGGAAUCAAUAUGGAAACAUAUUCCUUUGGUCUCCAGCUGCUAAUGUGGACAUGAAACAAGCUUCUUUAAUUCCAGCUGAAAGCCUUGCUUGUACAAGACCUCUGACUGGUCAUUUAGCACAAAAUUUGCCCAUUUUACCUCACAUUGGCCUGAAGGCAGAUUACUUGGCAUUACAUGACAAGGUAAAUAAAUGUAAUGAGCACGGAGAAAGUUGCAGUGAUUUCCAGUACUUUCUGAAGUAUACAAUGACAAAGACUAGAGAGAAAUCCAGUCAAUAUGAGCAAUGUAAAACAACCUGCUCUGAAAAUAAUGAAAAAGCUAACCCUGGAGAGAAGACCACUUUAGGUCAAAAAAGUGUGAAAGCCAUCAGCAAUCCCAGUGAUGUUCAAAUCUAUGAAAAUAUUUACACUGGUAAGAAUCCAUAUAUAUGCAAACAGUGUGGAAAAAGAUUUCUUGAUAAGCCUGCAUUUCAUAGACAUAGACGAACACACACUGGUGAAAGACCCUAUGUGUGUAAGGAGUGUGGGAAAGCAUUCAGUUCACAUAGUAAUUGUCAAAGACAUAAAAGAAUUCACACUGGGGAGAAACCAUAUGUAUGUAAGCACUGUGGAAAAGCAUUUACUACAAAGAAUUAUUAUAACAUACAUGAAAAAAUUCACACAGGAGAAAAUCCUUAUGCUUGUAAGCAAUGUGGGAAAGCAUUCACUAUGCAGAUUACCUGUAACCUACAUGAAAGAAUUCACAUUGGCGAGAAACCCUACGCAUGUAAGCAAUGUGGGAAAGCUUUCAGCAGACACAGUAACUGUAAAAUACAUGAAAGAAUUCACACAGGAGAAAAACCCUAUGUAUGUAAAGAGUGUGGAAAAUCCUUUCAUUUUCAUAGUACCUGUCGACGCCAUGAAAAAAUUCACACUGGGGAGAAAUCUUAUGUGAGUAAAGAAUGUGGAAAAGCAUUCAGCACACAUAGUCACUGCCAAAGACAUGAAAGAACUCACACUGGGGAGAAACCAUAUGUCUGUAAACAAUGUGGGAAAGCAUUCACUACAUACCGUUUUUGUCAAAUACAUGAAAAAUCUCACACUGGGGAGAAACCAUAUGUGUGCAAGGAAUGUGGAAAAGCAUUCACUAGAAAGAGUUCUUAUAAUAUACAUGAAAAAAGUCACACAGGAGAGAAACCUUAUUUGUGCAAGCAGUGUGGAAAAGCAUUUACUACAAAGAGUUACUAUACCAUACAUGAAAAAAUUCACACAGGGGAAAAACCUUAUGUUUGCAAGAAAUGUAAGAAGGCAUUUCCUACACACAAGGAUUGUCAAAGACAUGGGAGAACUCACAGUGGGGAGAAACCUUAUGUUUGCAAGGAAUGUGGAAAAGCAUUCACUACACACAAAUAUUGUCAAAGACAUGAAAGAAUUCACACUGGGGAGAAACCUUAUGUUUGUAAGCAAUGUGGAAAAGUAUUAACUACAAAGAGUUCCUAUAACAUACAUAAUAAAGUUCACACAGGGGAGAAAGCUUACAUGUGCAAGCACUGUGGAAAAGCAUUCUCUACACACCAAUCCUGUCAAAUACAUGAAAGUACUCACACUGGGGAGAAACCAUAUGUGUGCAAGGAAUGUGGAAAAGCAUUCACUAGAAAGAGCUCUUAUAACAUACAUGAAAAAGGUCACACAGGGGAGAAACCUUAUGUGUGUAAACAAUGUGGAAAGGAAUUCACUACACACAAAUAUUGUCAAAGACAUGAAAGAAUUCACACAGGUGAGAAGCCCUAUGAAUGUAAGCCAUGUGGAACAAAAUUUGCUAAGUCCUCAUGUUACAUACAUUGAUAUCAUAAUUCUUUGUAGGAACUAUGCAUUUGUAGUCUUUGCUAUAAAAAUUGACAUUUUUGUGUAAUCCAUUGGUCUUUGAACUUACUGUAUAAUAUCUUUUUUACUUUAAAAGGUAUAUUUCUAAAUUAGUAAAAAUUGUGUUUUAAAUGACUACAGUUAGGAGAUAAAUUCAUGAGUUAAAUGGUAAUUUGUUGCUUUAAUUGAGGAUUUAUAUUCUCAUAUGCAAAAUGUAUAACAUCACCACUGUAAAAAUAAUAUAAAAGUUGAGAAGUUAGCUGGAUAAAACAAAAUUCUAUUAAACAUUAAAAGGUAAGACACAUAUAUGAAAAAGCCUAAAAGGAACAUUCUCAAAGUAAUUCAACUGAUUGUUUUUAAAAAUUAUUGAAUUGACAAAUAAAAGUAUUUUGUAUGAAUAGCAUACAACAGAUUUUUUCCCAACUCAGCCCUCCCAGAGGGUGGGGCUGGCACUGCAUAUGGUACUGGGGAUAGAACCAGUAGGUCCCAUGUACUUGCCUAAACUUGCCUAAACAGGCACUUUACAAUGCUGAGCUAUCUCGCCAGCCAGCAUACAGCAGAUUUUGAUGUGAUACAUUAUGUAAAGACUAAGUCAAGCCAUUUGACCUAUGAAUUUCUCACAUACUUAAUCCUCUUUUUUGUAUAAUAUCUUAUAAUUA